AUGAGAAAUCAAUAUAGUACUGUAUUAAAAAUUUUUACUAAAAAUGGAUAUUCCUAUAAACAGUAUUCAGAUAUUGCUAAAAAUUAUAAAUACUCUACAAAUCCAUCUUGUUCUCAAAAAUUUGAUACCAAAAAUCUAGUUAUUUUACUAUGGGUCUCAAAGUUAGGCCUUGUUCUUAGAAGAGAAUUUCGUAAAGUCGGCGUUAAAACAGUCUUCCGUUUUGGUAAUUCCUUAAUCAAUAUACUUUGCCGUAACAAGUCUAAACUGCCUCCGAAUAGUCAUCCAGGAGUGUACCAAUUUAAUUGCACAUGUGGUGCAUGUUAUAUUGGUGAAACAAGAAAAAAGAUUUCCACACGAAUUCAAGAACAUAAAAAUAAUGUUACAAAAGCCAACUGGGAAACAUCAGUAAUAGUAGAACACUCACAACAUUGUUAUGGCAAAAUAAACUGGGAGAACCCUAAAACGCUUUCUAUUAUUUCAAACAACUACACCAGAAAAAUUCGUGAGGCUAUUGAAAUACAACUAUUCAAUGAGAUUGAUAUGGCCAUUGAACAAGACUGGCCAUAUCCUGAAUAA